AAUCUACUGAAGAGGACGACGGACGGGGCGGAGCCCGAGGGCUAGCUGGAGUACGCUGUCAGUCCUGGUGACGUCAACACGCUGACGCUGGGUCGUGCGUGCACCUCUUCAGUUCGGCUUCCUUCACUUUCUCCCACAGGCUUCUUCCUCUACGGCGGCAGGGCUGGACCCUCAAACUGUAGGAUGCGUUCUAUCCCCCUGCCCGUGUAGAGGCAGGAAAGCCGGGUACGCCGCCUAAGGAGGCAUGAAGGCGCUGAAAGCCGCUCGCGCCCCCGGAGCCCUCGGGCCCCGCCCCCUGAGGCUGCGCGGCUAGAGAGGCUUCGGGGGCUCCCAGCGGCCUCGCCCGGCCUGACUCUCUUCGGCUUCCGUCCGCCAGGUCUUAUUUGAAUGUGAAAAUGAAUAAUUGGAAGAAGACUUCAGGUGAUCAGGCAGGAGGCCUCGAAAAGUUCAGUCCUGAUGUUCUUGCUGAUGUUUCAGAACUCUUUGCCAAGAAGUUUUCCUAUGGUAAGCCACCUAAUAAUGAGUGGCAAUUACCAGAUUCUAACGAUGUUUUCACCUGUGAUCACACAGAAUUCAAUUCACUUCUUGUUUUGAAGAAUUCCAUGAAUGAAGUAAAAAACUUACUGAGUGAUAAAAACCUAGAUGAUUGGCAUCAGCACACUUCUUUCACCAAUAAAGCUGGAAAAAUCAUUCCUCAUGUGAAAAAGAUUGUAAAUGCAGAACUUUGUACCCAGGCUUGGUGUAAAUUCCAUGAGGUAUUGUGUAGCUUCCCACUUAUUCCCCAAGAAGCUUUUCAGAAUGGAGAGCUAAACUCAGUUCACCUUUGUGAAGCUCCUGGUGCUUUUAUAGCCAGUCUUAACCACUAUUUAAGGUCCCAUAACAUACCCUGUGAUUGGAACUGGGUAGCUAACACCCUGAAUCCUUACCAUGAAGCAAAUGACAACCUUAUGAUGAUUAUGGAUGACAGACUUAUUGCAAAUACCUUGCCAUGGUGGUACUUUGGACCAGAUAACACUGGUGAUAUCAUGACACUGAAACAUCUGACUGGACUUCAGCAUUUCAUAAGCAACAUGUCUACUGUUCAUUUGGUCACUGCAGAUGGGAGUUUUGAUUGCCAAGGUAAUCCAGGGGAACAAGAAGCUUUGGUCUCCCCUUUGCACUACUGUGAAGUAGUCACUGCACUGAUGACUCUGGGUAAUGGUGGCUCUUUUGUUUUGAAGAUGUUCACUCUAUUUGAACAUUGUUCCAUCAACUUGAUGUACCUGCUGAAUUGUUCCUUUGAGGAGAUUCAUGUUUUCAAACCUGCUACUAGCAAAGCUGGGAACUCAGAAGUCUAUGUGGUUUGUCUUUAUUAUUUGGGUAGAGAGGCCAUCCAUCCUCUGCUGACUAAAAUGAUGCAACAUUUUGGAACUGAAAUUAUCAAUAAAGCUCUUUUCCCCCAACAUAUGAUUCCAGAAUCUUUUCUCAAAAGGCAUGAAGAAUGCUGUCUCUUCUUUCACAAAUAUCAGUUGGAAACUAUUUCUGAAAACAUUCGUCUGUUUGAGUGCAUUAGUGAAGUGGAACAAACUAAGUUGAAUAAUUUAAGGGAUUGUGCUGUGGAAUAUUUCAUGCAAAAGUUCCAAAUGAAGCGCCUUUCCAGAAAUAAUUGGUUAGUAAAGAAAUCCAAUAUUGGGUGUAGCAUGAAUUCAAAAUGGUUUGGACAAAGAAACAGAUAUUUCAAAACCUACAAUGAAAGGAAGAUGCUUGAAGCACUUUCAUGGGAAGAUAAGAUGACCAAUGGAUACUUCAAUCAUUGGGCUGAAGAGCAUGCUAUAAGUAAUGCUGGGAAAAAUACUAUUCUAGAAAGUGUUUGUGCUAAUCUUGAGUAUCACCUGUGGUAUAUCUUAGAGGGAAUGAAAUUGCCAAAAGUCAAGUGCUCUCCUUUCUGUGAUGGUGGGAUUUUAAAGACUCUAAAUGAAGCCAUUGAAAAGUCCUUAGGGGGUGCACUGAACUUGAGUUCCACAUUGAGACAAAAGCCACAGCAUUGCUAUUCUUGCCAUGUUCUUUCUGAAGAGCUGAUAUUUUCUGAGAUGUUGAGCCUUGCUGAGUGCUAUCAGGAUGAGUCAGCAGAAGGACAGAGCAACAAAAGCAAGUGUCUGCUAGUAGGUUUGCUGCCUCCUGAUGAUAAAAUCUAUCACUCUAUGGAAGUGAGUCUUUUGGAAUCUGCUGAUCUCAUGACUUUCUGUUGUUCAUUGCUUCAUGAUGGAAAACCAGAGUAUCAGCAAGUGUUUCUGGACUGCUUUCUGCGUUCCUUGCCUCGACUUCAGAAAGGGGAUGUCUUGAUUUUGCCUGUGCUCUCCUGCUUUACAAGAUUUAUGGCUGGCAUGGUCUUUGUUCUGCAUAGUUGCUUCAGGUUUAUCACAUUUUCUUGUCCAACUUCUUCAGAGCCUCUGAGCACCUGUGCAGUCCUGCUAUGUGUUGGUUAUCGAGACCUCCCAUCUCCUGUGCUCCAGUACUUACAGAAUCUGAAGGAAUUAAUGAGUACAUUGCUCAAUUCCGAUGCUUCUCAUCAGGUUUUGCAGUUUGUGCCAAUGGAAGUUGUUCUUAAUGGAAUGCUUCUAGAGUUUUUAUGGGAUUUAAACACUGCCAUUGCAAAAAGGCAGUUGCAUUUGAUCAUUCAAGGAGAGCAGCAGCAGAAGUCCACAUUGUAAAACUACAGACAGAGAUUUUUACUUUGGGGCAGUAGCUUCAGAUUUCAAAAUUCCUUUUGACUUAUUUCAAAACCUCAGGGAUUUUGGUUCAGUGAUGGUCCAGAUGUUUCCAACAAACAAGGUUUCUUCAGUUUCAGUUUCACUAUGCUUCUAAAGUUUCUGUAUGGGAGGAAUGCUUGGAAUUCUCUCAACUACUAGAAAGCUGACUUUGAUAUGAAAUUCAUCUGUUAGAUUUGGAAUGUACUGGGGUGUUUGUUGGGGUAUAGAUGGAGUGGUGUGUGUGUAGGUUUGGAAGGGUAACUUUAGGGGUGAUAACUCUGUGAAUUCAUCUAGAGGAGCUGCUUUCUUACUCAUAACAGGCAAUAUAUAUUAACCCUAUACCACUAAUUCUAGUCUUUAUAGAAUUUCCACAUGUUGGAAAUUCUAUAAAGACUAAAAAGGAUAAGAAUCAUAUUCAUUUCAGUUGUUUUCAUGGAGCUCAUCUGGUCAGCUUUCCUGACAUGAUAUAAUGUUAGGCAGUAAAUAGUCAACUUGUUUUCAUUUAUUCAGAUCUCCAUAGUUGAUUUGUAAAUCCCAUUUUUGAGAUGGUGUUUUGAAGUAUCCUGGCCAAAACUACCCAACUGAAAUGGUAUUAGGAAUAUCGGAACCAAAAAUCAUGUUUGAGAUAGAAUGAAAAAGACAGCUGGCAUGUUUCAUAUACACUUCUGAAUUAAAGACUUUUUGGCAGUGGUGUAGUGAGUUUUAGAAAAGACCCUUCAUAAUCAGUGAAAUUUAAGAUUUUCUAAGUGCAGAUACACACACACACACACACACACACAUGUAAAUUUCACAUUGAAAAUUUGGAAUAUAGCAUAUGGGGAGGGGGAAUUAAGUAUUCUUUUGGGAAAGAAUGAUGGUUUAAUGGUAGAACAAUUUUGCUGUUUGACUAUUUUAGUAGAAAAUAAUCUCAUGAAAUCACUUAUGGAAUAGUCAGUUAAUUGAACAAACUAACACUGAGUUAGUUCAGUUUGUUUUCUUUGUUGUGCUUAAGUGUUAGGAAAAAUAGGAUUUCUGAUUGAAAAUAUUGGUCAAACUGAUAUCUGUUAGUAAUUAUAUGAUCCCUGUGGAUCAACAAAUUGGAGAAUGCCAUUUAGACUUGUACAUUUAAGACAUUUUUGUUGGCCGUAUUAAAAAUAGAUGCAUACUCUGAUGGCUGAAGUAAUUUGAUAAAUAUUAUUCUGCACAUUUUUUAUGUUCUUGCUCAGCUAUUUCGAGCUCCAUUAUAGAUUUAUGAACUAAGUCACUGGAAGAGAGAAAUUUUAUUUUCAUUUAUUUAAGAAUAGAAGAGGAAAUUUUAAAAUGUGACUCAUGCAUAUAUUUUCCCCUUAAGCAAAGCUUUCGGGUGGUUUAACUGUGUUCUUUCAUUUACUGUGGCCUAAUUUGUAUUCAUUAAAAUUUAGACUCUUAAGAUUAUAAUUUACAUGGAAGGACUUGCUCAGGCAAAGUGUUCUGAAGGGGAACAAAAAGAAUAUGGAUUUAAUGUUGGUGUUCAGGAUAUUACAUCACUGCUUUUCUGGUAGCAGGGGUUUGUGAGGGAAAAUAGUAUCCUGAUUAAUUAGUAGUCACCAUGUGGAAGAACUUUUUCUAAUUGUAGAAUAGGAGAGACUGAUAGAUAAUUCAUUAACAAGAAAAUUAGAAACUGUUGGAAAAUCAUCAUCUGGUAGCUCUGUCUUUAAGUUUGUUUUUGCCACUUUAAGUUCUACUGUAUUGACAGUGUGUGCUUUUUUUUUUUUAAACCCUUACUUUCUGUCUUAGAAUUGAUACUAAAUAUUGGUUCCAAGAGCAGUAAGGUCUAGGCAAUUGGGGUUAAAUGACUUGCCCAGGAUGGUACAGGUAGGAAGUAUCUGAAGCCAGAGAUAUGAACCCAGGUCCUCCCAUCUCUAGACCUGGCGUUCUUAUUUACAGAGUCACCUACCUGUCCCUAGUGUGUGCUUCUUAAAAAUCUAUGAUUAGUAUGAAGCAGCAUAGCCUGAUUAGAUAGAGGCCUGACCUUGGGCCAGGAAGAUUUGGAGCUGGCGCCUGUAUGACUCUGAGUUGGUCUUUUAAUUGGUCAAUACUUUUGGCAGAUCUCUAGGAAGAUGGAGGUUGGACCAAAUUUGGUCCACUGAUAAGAAUGGUUUUUAUGUACUUAAAUACAAUAAGACUUUAUUUUAAAAUGUAAAAUCCAUUCUUAGCCCUCAGCUAUGCAAAAACAGUGGACUGGACAACCUGGGCAGCUGACCUUUGCUACAAAGACUGUAUGUUGCAGGUAAGGUACUAACUUGCAUUGGUAAAGGGAGUUUUAUUUAUUUGGGUAUUACCUGCACCGAUGAAAACUCAGUCCUAGUCUUUGUCCUGUCUCUUAAAUAGUAUGUGGUUGAAAACCCCAAACUGAAUUCCAAUAUUCUUGAUAUUUAAGGAAAUUCAAGUAGGUUAUUAAAAGCUUAGCUUUUUAACAAGCAGGAGAAGAACUUUUAUUUUUCUUUCUCAGGCACUUUUAAUCUAAUUUAUAGCAUUUAAAUUUACUCUAUGGGUAAGGCCAUAAAGCUAAAUGAGUUAGAUGCAGAUCUAGCUUUCAACAAUAAUUGGAAGUGAUUUCAAUGGAAAAAGGAUAUCUCCGAAUGAGAGGAGGAAUAAAGUAAGAAAGCAGGCAUGUAAUCUAUAGUGGAUCAAAGGAGAGUUAUGUCAAAUUAUAUAAUGUUUAUAAAAGUGCUUUGUAAACCAUAAAGUUCUUAUGUAAAUGUUCACAUUUUACAUUUUGUUUGGAGUUGAAUUGUUGAAUUAGUUACCCAUAAAAAUUAGUUAUUUUUUGAAGAGUGGUUAACAAAUUCAAAACUCCAAAAAUUUAAUUAUAGCUCUUUAGUAAACUCAAAGGGGAGUUAUUUUGUAAAUUUGUUUCUCCAUUAUUCAUUUAUGCCAAAGUAUACUACUCUUAAAGUAAAAAAAAAAAAUGGAAUCUUUUAGGGGUUUUCAUGAGUUAUCAUAAUAAUAUUUAGACUAUUUAAACAGUAAACAUUUUUCCUCAGUAAAAAAUCAGGAAAUUAUAAUUUGUUGUGUAUGUUGUUAUUAUAUUUGACAUAUGUUCCUGUUUUAUUCUAGUUUUUGAAAUUCCAGAUGGAGUAUGCAUAUUCGCUUAUACUAGUUUUUUUGGUAAAUCUUGAUAGUAAGGAAAAUACUACUGAGUGAGAAGAACAAAGAAAAUGUAUUUAUUGAUGUUGUUAUUUUGUUAAUUUUUGAUAAGAAUAUGGAAUUUAAGAAUAUGGAAUUUAAAAUUGUUCAAAUCAGUUCAUCACUUUUAAUUAAUUGAAAAAUGUUUGAAUUAGUUCUGACACAUUAAAGAUAUGAGAAAUGAACUUUUGGCUCAUACUUUAAGAAAUUAAAAGAAUUUCUAUUGUAAUCUGAAUCAGAUCUAUCUUUUCUGAGUAUCCCCCUUUUCAGUUUUCAGCAGUAUAUGCACGUUCAAGUGCUCUGUUAGCAAAAAAAAAAAAGAGCAACAUUGGAUUUAUAAUUUUUUCCUGUUGUUUUCAUUAUCUGCUUUGUUGAAAUGGUAUUUUUAAUGAAAAAUUAUUCUUUGUAAAUAAAUGAUUUUAUUUAA